AGUAUGAUAACUGUUGGUUUCGUGUUUGGAUCGUGAUUGCGCUUCAAUAAGAUUAAAGAGAAAUACGGAGAAACAAGAACUACUGCAAUAAUAAACAAAUAAUUUACACAUUUACAAAAAGAACAACAAAAAUAAAAAGAAAACAAAAUUAUUUAAAUCGAUGAAGCAAAAGUUGAUGUCGCUGUUGAGCCACAUCACAGUGAAUUCUUUUCCAAACGCGUUUCGCCCAACAAAAGUGUGUUAAAUUUCAUAUCGGUAAAAUAAAAAAGUUAAAAAGAUGAUGAUUAAAAUGAAAUUAAUUGUGAACGAAUUCAUAUUAAAUUGACUAAUACUUUGCUACUUGUUUAAUUUUAAGUUUUCACGGAAAUAAAUAGUUACAUAUUUAAGCUAAAGUGAUAGAAAUUAAUUAUAAUAAAAAAGAAAAAAACAAAUAGAUAGUUGCAAUAUUAAAAAAAGUGCAACAAAAACACAAACAAAUAAAAAUUGUGCUUUUAAUAAAGCGAUUAAUAAAUUGUCAUGUUGAUUGAACCGGGAAUCAAUCGAGAAUUUGGAUCUAUUGCACCAGCCAGUUUUAAUAUACCAUCACACUGGAAAAUGGAUCCUCCAAGAAUUCCAAACCUCAAUAAUUCAACAACCGGUAGCGUCGGUCCAAUGCCACCGUUGCACCCCAAUGUGGGGUUAGUUGCUUCUGGACAAAUGCCACCAGGAGCUGCAUUAUUUGCGGGCGGAGCUAAUACUCAACCAUCACCAACCACUUUGAGUGCCCUGGUAUCCCAGCAACGUAUACUUGAACUUUCACGAUUCAGCGGUUUGCGGGGUUAUGAUAUAGCGCAACAUAUGCUAACACAACAGGGUGCGGUAUCAAAGCUCUUGGGCUCUUUACGACCACCUGGCUUAAUUGGAGGCUCCAAGCCAAAAGUCGCUACACCAACAGUUGUUUCGAAGAUUGAACAAUAUAAACGCGAAAAUCCAACAAUAUUCGCCUGGGAAAUACGUGAAAGAUUGAUAUCAGAAGGUGUUUGCACAAAUGCAACAGCUCCAUCAGUGUCCUCAAUAAAUCGUAUAUUAAGAAAUCGUGCUGCAGAGAGAGUUGCAAAUGAGUUUGCUCGUACCGCAGCCUAUGGUUUAUAUCCCCCUCAUCCAUAUGCGGGAUUUUCUUGGCAUCCAGCUGCAGCGGCAGCGGCAGCCGCUUCUUCGUCUGCUGCACCACCCCAUUUUUGGUCUCCAACAAUGGGUGGACCUACUUUAACAACCAUGCCACCUACAAACCAUUCAUCAUCCGCUAUUAAUGCAAACAACUCGAAUACGAGUCGAGCAAUUUCCCCCAGUUCUGGCAGUCAUGAUACUUUGGAGUCCCCAGAUGACACCCGUCAUAUUGAUUCGGAUUAUAUGGAUGAUGAUGAUGAGCCGAAGUUUCGACGCAAUCGAACAACAUUUACUCCAGAGCAAUUGGAAGAGUUGGAGAAGGAAUUUGAUAAAAGUCAUUAUCCUUGCGUUAGCACAAGAGAACGUUUGUCCAGCCGAACUUCUUUAAGUGAAGCUAGAGUACAGGUAUGGUUUUCAAAUAGAAGAGCCAAAUGGCGACGACACCAACGUAUGAAUCUUUUGAAGAGACGUUCCAGCCCAUCAAAUAACUCUUCAGGUGCUCACUAUUCACAACAAUCUUUAGAGACGUGUAGCAAUCCCACUUCUUCAUCUCCCACUCCCAGUACUAAUAGUAAUGCCUCGACUUGUCCAAAUGAACCCUCAACAAAUGCACAUCAAUCUCCACAUUCUGCGCUACAAUCAUCAGACAUUGUAAUACCGCCGGUUCAUCAUUCUGGACCAUCAACCCCCACAACGGCUCUGCCGGCUCACAUGCCAAGCAUUCAUCCGCAUCAUCCUGACCCGCAGUCUGCAGCGGCAGCCUUGCUCCUCAAUCAUUAUCAUCAACAUCAGCAACUUUCCAAAAAUCACACUUCAUCACCUUCUUCUGCAAUGCCAAUGUCUGCAUCAUCAUUUGCAGCAUUGGGCAAUGAGUCUCAUCAACAAUUAGCGGCAGCAAUUGCAAUUAGUUCAUCUUCGUCUACCACAUCUCCCGUCCUUUCGAUGGGUGGAGAGCACAGCGCCUUUCGUUCUUUGGUAAACACUCCGUCGGCAGCUGCAUUUGCUUUAGGUUUGGCGCGCCAGUACGCCGUGGCUGCUUCUCUGACAGCAGCUGAUAAUGAGAAACCAGCUCGCAUGCAACAAAACGACGACAUCUCAAAGCCCGUAUCCGUGAACGGCUCCGAUUCCGAAGAUGAAGAAAUUAAUGUACACGAUGAUUCAAAUGAUGCAGAUGCAAGUUUUUACUCAUCAGCCUCCGGAUCCGAAGCCAACCAACAGGGAAGAGCUCCCAUACAACUGGUCAAGCAUGAUCGUUAACGUGGAGAUUGCAACAGCAGUCGUCCCAGUGGUGCUAUUAAACCGUUCAAACGCAAUUGUUAAUGUGCAAUCAUACGCUUAAACAUUGAUAUUUUUACCAAAGUUUUGUUAAGACUUGACAAGAGAUUAGCACAACUUCUAUCUUCAGUUGCAUGUGCGUCUUGUCACAAUGCAUCUUAGCGCAAUUUGCAAUUCCUGUAUUUCGCUCUAUCGCGAAGACUUGAAGGCACUUCUCUUUUCUUAUAAACCAUACCUCAACUAUUAAGUAUAUAUAAUUAUUAUACAUACAUAAAUACUUAUUACAUACAUACAAAUCUCAAUGAAAUGUUUUUAGCUAAGUUUUUUCCUCAUUUUGUUUGAAUUUUCUUAUUUAAUUCUGUUCUUGUUAAUUUUAAUUAAAUUCUUAAAAUACACUAGAUACAAUUACACACAUAUUCACUAUUUCCCAACAAAUAAAUAUACAUACACACAUACACAAAGUAUACUUUAGAAUUAUUUAAUUAUAUACAUAUAUUCAUAUGUUUAACAAUUUAAAUUAAACUUUGUCUUUCAACUAAAUAAUCGAUUUCUUUCGACAAUUAAAUAAAGUUUAAAUUACAACAUGAAAAA